AAAUGCAAAUAACCUUAUGCGCUACAUAUUCCUUACAAGCGCUAUACAUUGUUUUUUUUCGUUAGUUAUUUAAUAUGUUCUCGUUAGAUGUUCUUUAGCGGAAUAUAUAGCCGUGGGGGUAAAGUCAAGUCCAUAUUCAUCUUUAACAUUGACUGUCAGAAAAACAACCACUAGAUAAUAAAUUACAUCGUGUCGUCCAUCUGACAAAACUAGUAGUCACACUGUGUUUUCUUACUACAAUAAAGACACAAAAGGUUACAAAUUCAUACGGAAAAUAAUCAAUUCCAUAAUAAAAAAGAAGGUUAUAGUGGGUGAAUUGUGAGUUACAGUAAUUACUAUGUUACAAUGCUGUAAACGUGCGGAAUCAACUCUCUAUUGCGUGUAUGUGGACCGUUUUUUGUUUGGAAGACGGUGAAAGGAAGAUGUGUUAUAACUAAAUGAGUGUGGAUAUACUGUAACAUGGUACGAAUAAGUGGAGUGACACGGCGUUUGUCUAAGAACAUUCGAUGGAUUGUCAUUUUUGUAUUAACCUGUGUACCUUUUAUAAUUCUUAUAACCUCUGGUAGCCUAACUAUCUAUGAUUCUUCAAACAAAACAGUACUUCAACCUGGAUUUCAUUCUGAUGAAUCUUCAUUUAAUAUAAAAUCCAGAUUCACUGAACGUAAUCACAUUGUCAGGGAAGGAUGUCGAACGCUCAAACAAUACUAUAUUGCUCAGAACUCAGAAGCGGCAGUCAAAGAGCAUUUAGUUGUUGAUAGGAAGAAAAAUAUUGUUUAUUGUGCCAUAGAAAAAAUCGGCUGUACUUUUUGGAAACGUAUAUUUCAGAUUUUGAGUGGUUGGCGUAAUGUGAGUGACCCUUUUAGUAUCAAAGGUAUACAUGCAUAUGAAGGUUAUCAGACAGCCAAGCGUUUACCAUUUGACAAAAUCCAUCAGAUCCUAAGACAAUCUAAAAAGUUUAUGUUUGUCCGCGAGCCGUUUGAAAGACUAGUCUCAGGGUAUGCAGAUAAACUGUAUUCUCCAAAUGCAGCUUAUUGGAAUUUUAUCGGUAGGUAUAUCGUAGCUAAUUUUCGAGAGAAACCGUCAAAUCUGAGUUUAGAGUGUGGACAUGACAUAACGUUUGAAGAAUUUGUGAAAUAUUUCAUAUAUUCGCAAAAUACGAAUGAACAUAGAGAUGCACAUUUUGUGCCAAGUUUUGAACACUGCAGGCCAUGUGAAAUUGAAUAUGAUUAUAUUGGAAAGAUGGAGACUUUCAAAGAUGAUACGUUUCAAAUAAUUCAAGAACUCAACUUACAAAAUGUGGUAAAAUUUAAAGAUUUUCAAAACGAAACUGACGUUGAUGCUAUAAUUGACACAGUCGAUUAUGUUUAUUCUAUGAAGAGAGCUAUUGAAAAAUGCAUGCCUUUACCGAUGGCGUUAUUUCGCUCAUUCAGAAAACUUCAAAUACGAGGAAUUUUAAGUAAAAACAUCAAAUUCCCUUAUGACACUAGUAAACAAAUCGAGAUUCCUCCAUUGGAAUACAAACGAUUUUUGUUAAAAGCACACGAGAAAUCUGGUGAUGCUAAAGUUAGAAAAAAGAACAGAGAGGAGGCAUUUCUUGAAGCUUACAGUAAAAUAUCACCCACUUUAUUAAAUAGAUUGAAGAAGACAUUAUUGAUAGAUACUGUUUUAUUUGGUUAUGAAGAAUUGCCAAAGAAAAUAACAGAUUUAGAAAAUAAGACGCCAUACAAUGAAAACUUUAGAUUUUUUACCCUGUAGUUUAUAAAUAUUUUAACAGUUGUUGCUCAUUUUUAAUUAUUGAAUAAAUAAUGAAUGCUGAAAAUCAUAUCAGCAGGUAUAACGUACUUUGAGCUUGUUGUCAGUAAAUGUGUUCAAUCUUUAAUGAGAUUUAUCAUUGUUCAUUAUUAUUAUUGUACCUAUGGUUUUUUA